UAUCAAACUUCUAACACGUUUAAGAAAUAUACAAUAAUGGCGGAGUUCACGAAGUGAAAAUUUUUGGGCGACAACUUUACAAACUUUGCAGGAAUGUAAUGAGUUGUGCUCAGUUGCUCCGGCGAGCUGAUGAACUCAAGGCAAAAAUAAUAGAGGGAAAUGCUGAAACUUGGGUAACCCGCCAGACGCUCCUGGACCUCUAUCAGCAGAUUCUUAUCACAAAUCUAGAAUUUGCCCUCGACAAAAAAGUAGAGCAAGACCUAUGGAACCAUGUCUUCAAGAACCAAAUCAACAUCUUACAAAGAAAAGUAAAAGACAAGGCGAAUCCAAAAAGAACAGAAUUACAAGCUACCCUGACAUUAUUCCUAGACAGUGCUAGUGGUUUUUAUCUCCAGCUCCUCCAGGAAUUAUGCAGUGCAUUUGACCUAAGGCUACCAUGUCGGGUGACACCAUCCAAGCUAGGAAUUCUUGACGAUAAAAACCCCAAUCACCAGAAGGUAAAGCAAGCACAACAUGCCUCUUGCCUCUACAUCUGCCAAUACUGCUUGGUACACCUUGGAGACCUGUCCCGUUACAGAACAGAAACUAGUCAAGCGGAAAGCUAUUACAGGCACGCUGCUAAAUUAGUUCCCUCCAGUGGGCAGCCCUACAACCAACUGGCCAUCGUAGCAGCAUCACGAGGGGACCAGUUGGCAAUGACGUUUUUCUAUGUUCGCAGCACAGCUGUCCGACACCCUUUCCCGGCAGCAUCUACUAAUUUACAGAGUACCUUUGCAAAGCUUGUUGAUAAGGAUGAGGUCAAACUUUUCAAGAUGAAACUUGUUGAAUUAAUUCAUUUCUUCACCAAGUUUCAUGCUGUGAUACACCUGACUGUAGGAGAUGCUGAUUUACAAGUUGCCUCGAUGAUUCGUGACAAGUUGGAGGAGAAUUUCCGUUCACACUUAGCUCAAGAAUCACUCUCAGCAAAGCAGCUUGUACAGAUGAUGGCAAUUAACAUGUUCACACUGCACCAUAUUAAACAUCUUGAUAAGGAGACGACUGCUGGGGACGAGAAGGACGAGGAUGAUGUAGCGUUGUCGGACGAUCUAUACACACAAGAUGAGAUCCAGUCGUGGAAUCUAACACUAAAUUUGACAGUAACAUUAUUCCAGUUGAUGUUGCACUACAUACCAUCCAAGUCGCAGGAGAAAGCACGUCAGUGGGUUUGUCUACCAGCUAUCAGGGUUUUCUUGGACUGGCUAAUCCAUCAUCCUUACAUCUUUGAAGACGAUGUCGUCGUCUCAAAACCAAUUGUUUGGAGUAAAUUAGCUAAGUUGCUGACCUUUGUACAGUAUAAGGAUUCUGCUGAUGUGCUGCCUUCUAACCAGGCAUUGUGGGAAGACAUUGAAGUAGAUCAGUUUCUGCCUCUUAAAAAAUCUCACAGUGUUCUAAACUUUGAUGAGUUCAACCAGGUUAAACUAAAUUCAGAAAUGGAGAGUAGAGAGAGAGUUUGUCGUCUUGUACAACAUGGAAAGUGGCUGGUAGAAAACCAGUCAGGUUUAAUGAAAUCUGAACGAGCUGAAACAUCAAGUAAGCUGAUCUUCACUUGUGCACUAAGUGAAGAACAGGUGAGAAAACAGCAGCAGAAGUCUAAACAACAGAAGUUGUUGCCUUCAAAACCGAAACCAGAGAGCAAGAUCCAGACACAUACUAACCUAAAGACAGCAUUGAAGAAAGGUAGAGAAGGACCCCCUAGGAAGGUGGAAUUUGCUGGGAUUGAAGAAAUUAUUCAUGAAGAUAGACGGUCAGAAAACAAGCGUCCAGACUCAAAAACUCAAAGUAUUGCUGUGCAGGCGAUUCUGCCAAGGAAGAAGACAUCGUCUGAAUCAGAUUCUUCAAUUACCCCAAUCGGUAGCCCCCCAUCCAUUUCGAUCCCAAGCCGUCAGCCUGUUGGAGUGUUCCAUGAGCAGAACCCUAUACAAUCACCGGUCAGCAACUGGGAGCCUGAAGGCCCACCCCACUUCCAUUCAGGACCUAAGCCUCAUGCAAACACUAUGCACAACAUUCAGUCCUGGCAGGGAAGCAGCAGUGCUGGCACCAACAACCCAGGCCCAUAUCAGAGCUUCAACUCUUCAGGACAAAUACCGCAGGGACAAUAUCAGAAUCCAAGAUAUCGACACCCUCAACCUCAUAUGCAAGAUCAGGGAAUCGGGUCUCAUGGAAUGCCAGGCAGCCCAGGUGGUAACUGGUCAUCUCCCCAGCGUAGCCCCUCACAAACCAAUCCCCCAAGACAUAACUACCCUGGUGGUCAACAACCUCCAGGUUAUCCCCAAACUUCUCAAGGUUCUAAAGAGAACAAUCCAAUUCCUGGUAGGAUUCCACAAGCAAACUGGAAUAAGGGACUGCCGUGGCAAGGAGACCAGCAUCAUGGAAAUUUACAGGGACGUUCGGCUAAUCAGUGGUCAAAUCCAGGUGAUGGAAGACAAUCCUACCAACAGCUUCCCAAGUAUGAUUGGCAGGGUCGCUAUUCGGGGCCACCAAACCAGCCCCAUGAGAUGUUCAACCAUCGAACACCAGCACCAUUUCAUCGUCCUGCGGAGAGUCCCACGCAGUUGAAUUCACCCACCUCCUCUCAACCUAAUAUGCACACGUCACGACCUUUGAACAAUCCUGGCUGCGGUCAAUCACACACAGGUCAGUACCCAUUACGAGCACGACAACCCUCUCCACAAAGUCCGCAGCCCAUGUCUAUGCAGAAUCAGAAUGUCAUGAUGAAUCAUCCAAGAGUAGGCACACCAACCAAGUCACCUCAGAGCAUGGACGGAUUUGUCUUUCCCUCUGCUGCGGAAAUAAGUGCUGGAAGACAGUUUAAUCCUGUGAAUAUGGACAGACAGGCUCAGUCAACUGGUUUCAACCAUUUCAAUGGUCGGAAUUCAAGAAUGCCAGCCACAAAUGCUCAGAAUACAGCAACCAUGCAAGCAUUGAGAGAGGAAGCCAACAAGAACUUCAUUGGUAUGACAGAUCUAAGCAAAGGGAGUAAGCUUUCUCUUGGCUUCAUCCCUAAUGGGCCAUUCUCACCAGACUUUGACCAUCAGGAGACCAAUAUGCAUCUGAGGCAAGGAGCCUUGAGUGACUUCUUCAGCGCCAUGGAUCAGGAGGUUAAUUUUAGCGAUGAUAGAAGUCCAUUUCAGCCACCGUAUGGAUAUGGGUAUCCCAUGAAUAAUGAUGGGUCAAAAAAUAUGGCACCUAAGCUGGUGACUCCAGAUGAUCGCAUCCCCUCACCUCGGCAGACACCUAGCCCAGCUGUCAACAAUCAACGACUUGCAAUCACCUUCCCAGGGUUAGACAGCACCAAAAACACUGGAAAUAGAGCUCAUGGAUUCAAUAACGUUGGUGGCAGCAAACCAGGAUUUUUUGAGGAAAAUAUAAGGUCAACUGGUGCUUACACCCUCUUCACUCCCUCCCCCUGGACAGCAGGUCAAGGUGAUAAUCUUGUGCUACCAUCUUCACCUUUUGUCAGUCAACCAACGAGUCCAAAUGCCACACCACGUUCCCAGUCACCCAUCCACCAAGGAACGUUAGGCCUGACAGAAAACCUGCCUGGCAUAGGGCUCAGUUGGCGCGAUGAGAGAACCAACAACGUCUGGGGCUCCUCGCAUCAGUUAUCUAGCUCGCCAACCAGCAGUUUAUUACCGGAGAGACUUCAGUCAAUUUGGUCAAGCCCAAUCGGUUCUUCAUCAGAACCAUCGCCGUUGGAGAUGUUACUACGGCAACAACAACAAAAACAACAUCACCACGACACGUGAGUGACAUUGGAGAGCAGGCUCGGAUGAGAGCUUUCGGAUUUCUUCGUACCUUCUACCACAUGCUGUACCUUAACUACAGGAAUGAAGUGGAGUUGCUGCUUGGACACAAGUCAGCGGUAUCUUGUGAUGUGCGUGCAACGUGGCCAACGGAGCUGGUUCCACUAACAAACUACAAUCGCUAGUCAGCAUAUUCAACGCUCACACCCAUGGCCUAGCCUUGGAAACACGGUGAAAGCGAACGAAGACAAUAAUAGUUGGAUCUACUAUGGGAUAGUAAACUGGCUAGUGAUGAAAAUUAAACAACCGGAUAACUCAUCGAAGGACAACUGUUGUUAUGUUGUUAUUCAGCUUUGUAUUUUCUGGGAUAUAGUGCAAAAAAAAACCUAUGAAGAUUGGUCAACUUUGUGUUACUAGUAUUACCGUACUACCAUUAUUAGUGAACAGGCAAUUUCUAAUAAAAUAAAGAAAUUUUAACAAAGUGGCUAAUCGGCAGCUAUCUGUUGUACAGAUGUUCUCUAUAUAUAGCCAAUCAGUUCAUCUCUUGUUGGAAACUGGAACGAUAACACCACGUUUAAUAGAAAUUCUUUUUUUAUUCUUGGCAGCUCAUGUUUUGUGUAGCUAUUAAUUAACGUAUAAUGUCUUCGAAAAUGGGCUGGUUGCUCUUGAUAAUCUGUUUCAUGUCAUUGGCCUCCAAGUGAAAUAGGAAACGAACAUCGUAUAAGCACUUGUAAACAGACACCUUCCAUCCUAUGUUCUAUCUAUCUUCUAUCGUAUGCAAAUGUCGGUUAUGGAGUGAACAUGGUAUUUUGUGAUGUGAUGAGAAUUCAAUAUUAUUUACUAAUUACAGUUUAAAGAUGAUACAUCAACUCUAAAAAAAGAAUAUGUAAAUUCUAUGAUGACCAUUGAAAUUAUUUAAUAAUUAUGGUUUUAAAUGUGAAACAUCAGCUCUAAGAACACGGAUAUUCUUUAACGAGCAAUCAAUCUUAAUUAAUAUUACCAAUUUUAUUAUGAAAAAUUUAUAAGCUGUGGCCCAAAAUUUAACUGUUUGGACAUUAAUUUCUAUUAAAGAGAUUUCCCGAAAUUGAUGGUAUACAACAUACAUAUAUUUAAAUAUAAUGUCUUUGUAUGAUGCAUAUAUCAUUAUUCAAAAACUCUGUGUGUGUUCAAUUACAAGAGUGUGUUUGCCAUUUGCUAUUGUUUGUUCAUUUGUACUGGGGGUGGUUUAUUUUUUUCAUUCACUUGUCUAUGUUUAUGACUAUAUAAUUGUAUAGAUCGCACCGACAGACUCUUUGUGCAAAUGAGACAAACUGUCAACGCAUAUGUUUGUAUUUUGUCCCAUAAUACUGGCAUACGAAGUAAUAGUAUUAUUGUCUGGAAUACAUCUUAUUCACCUGUUUUUUUAUUUUUGUUUGAAAAUCUAACAAGAGAGACUGAAAGUUAUUAGUGCAUACUGCAUAUAAAAGUUGCAUGUUUCUGGUCAAUAGAAAAAAGUAUUAUCAUUAAUAGCAAUUAUUGCCUAUUUGUGCUUGAUUAUCGCUAAGCCCACAGCAUCACAGCGUAUUUUUUGCUUGUGCAUCUUGCCGUUGAUUUCCAAUACACUAGGAAAAGAAAGCACAGAUUAAAGAGUUGCAUGGAAUUGAUCCUCCCAACUAGAAUGACCAUGGCUGCAUCAAACCAUAGAGGGUGGUCUUUAUGGUUGUGUAGUUAGUUUUUUGCUUGUUGAGAUAAGAUAAAAUUAAUGGUUUGAUCCAUUCUGUUCCACCUGAUCAAAUUGCAAUGUUUUAUUAAAUUCGUGAGUUGAGAAUAUACUAUGGAAUGUUAAUUUUUACUCAAGAGAUUAUCGAUUAGAAUGUUAAUGAGUUAAAAACAAAGGACGUCGAAAGAAAUAUGUAUAGUGAAUUUUGAUUGGUCCACCCGCUGCAAUAUUUAAUCAACCUAUAUUUUACUUUGGUUCUCUAUCAAGCUUGGUCAUAAACAGUAGUUAAAUAUACUUCACGUGUGACAAAGCCAUCUGAUUUGGUUUCAGUUGUUGGCGGUCUCUAGGCAGUGUUAGACAGGAGAGGAUAGCUGUGUUGUUGUUCACAAUAAAUAAAUAAAUAAAAAUAAUAAAGUAGUUGAUACUUCUACUAAUCAAGAUAA